AUUCUCUUUCCGCUUCCGGUUAAAGCAGAAAAAUAUGACGAAUGCAAAAAAAGUCACAGAUUUUGAUGCAUUUCUAUCAAAUUAUGAUACUACAACAUUAGCAAUUGCUGCAACAUUUAUUUUAGGAAUUAUAACAGUGUUAAUAUUCUUCAUAAAAAGAUCCACUGGUUCUGGAAAUAGUAUUUUAUUUAUGGGAAUUAAUAAUGCUGGAAAAACAGCAAUUUUCUUAAAUCUCAUAAAGUCAGAGAAUCGUCUUACUAUAACAUCGAUGAAGCAGAAUGAAGGAACUGUUCAAGUAGGAGGAAAAAGCUUGAAAAUAAUUGAUCUGCCAGGAAAUGAAAGAAUAAGAAAACAAUAUAUGGACCAAUUUAAAAAGAGCGUUAAAGCCGUUUUUUUUGUUGUUGAUAGUUUUACAUUGCCAAAAGAAGUUAAAGAUGUUGCUGAGCUUUUGUAUGAUAUUCUUAUCGAUGGAACGUUAACAAAAUAUUCUCCAACAAUAGUAAUUGUAUGUAACAAGCAAGACCAUGCUAUGGCUAAAAGUUCUUCAGUUAUUAAGAAUCUUCUUCAAAAAGAACUGUAAAGUUUUUCUUUUUUGUGUUUAGUAAUUGUAAUGUAUAAAUAAUCAAUUUAAACAAUUAUCUUAGCAACACCCUACGUACAACGAGAGCUGCUGCCUUAGAUUCGAUUGAUCAAAAUGAAAAGGUAAACCUUCUUGGAAAGAAGAACAAGGAUUUUGAAUUUUCGGAUUUGAAGUUUAAAGUUGAAUUUAUUGAAAGCACAAUAAAAGAUAACGAUGGUAAAAGCGGUUUAAGCUCCGUUACUGAUUGGUUAGAAAAGGUCGCAUGAUCCAACUAUAUAAUAUUAUGAAAUAUAUGGAAAAAAAAUAUCAACAGACAAAAUGUAAUUGGAAAAACCUGGAAAAGUAAAUCUUUUCGGUAUAUGAAAAGAAGAAAGAAAAAUAUGUUACGUGUUAUGGUUAAUUAUAAGUUAUGAAUACAUCCUUUCUUUGAAGCUUAUUUUUUUUAUUAUCUUUUGUUUAGACUUUUUGCUUGAAAGCCACUUGGCUGGAUAAAAAAAAACCUCAUUAAACGUUAUUAAGUACGUAAAAACAAUGAAAUGUAACAUCUUCCUAACAGAUGCAAUAUUCUAUUUUCAUCUUAAGUGCUAAAUUAAGACUUUUGCUUAAGCCUCUUACUAUAACUAAUAUUAAUUAAAAUAGUUGUCACGCUUCAGAUGAGAAAAACAUUAUAAAUUGAUUUCUAUAUUACGUAAGUAUUUACCCUCUCCAUUUCUAGAUUGAAGAGUACCUACAGAAACUUCAAUUUAAACUAUAUAUACUAUUCAUAUAUAUAUAUAUAUAUAAAUGUAUAUAUUAAUUGAGUUGAAGAACCUUCUCGUUUUAAUCCUUUAAUUUUCUCCUUCUAUAGUUUAAAAA